AUUGCCCUACCAGGAAGACGCGAGUCUGCAGACCCUCGGGAGGAACUGUGUUUGAAGGAGUCAAAAAAAAAAAAAAAGGAGAAGGAAAGUGUUUGUUUCCUGGCAACGACUGCUGCGUGUGUUUCCCACUAUGGACGUGGGGGGGUUACUGGAGGACUGUCUCGCGGCCGCAGAGACUCAUCAGUCCAGCAGCACCGCCGACGAGCUGGGAGCCAAGUACUGCAGCUGCAGAGACUCGCUGUGUGCAGAGCUGGCGUCUCUGCUGCAGGACGCCAUGCAGAUGAAGUGGCCCUUUGUGCCUGAGAGGUGGCAGUAUAAACAGUCGGUCACUCCCAAUGACAAAACCAACCUCAGUGACCUCAUCAGCAAGCAUCUACCCCAGCUACUGGCUUUCCUGAAGGCAUCCAUCAUGGCUCAGGAGGCGAGCUCGGCACUGGCGGUGGUCUUCUUGGUGGACCGUUUCCUGUACUGGACUGAUGAGUCCAGCCGGCUGCUAAAGAUGACCAAGCUGCUCCACCGACGCUACCCCGACAGCCCACUGGCCCCCCAGUUGGUCAUACGGCAAGCCAGGGUAUAUCUUAACUCUGGAAAACUGCAGAAGGCAGAGUACAUCCUGAGCAGUCUGAUUAACAACUGUGGUGCAACAGGUUGCUGGAUUUACCAGUCGGACGGCGACAGGGCUCUGGUGCAGGCUGUGAGCGUUCAAGUGCGUGGGAUGAUCUUGCAAAAGCUUGGCCUGUGGCGCGAGUCCGCAGAGCUGAUCUGGGCUUCGCUGGUCGGGUACUACUCACUUCCUCAACCAGACAAAAAAGGCAUCGGGACCUCUCUGGGCAUUCUGGCCAACAUACUGGUGUCUAUGAAUGACGAAGACUUCCACGCUUUCAGGACUAAUCCAGAUAUUGAUUUUGCAUCUUUAUUCGGGGGGGUGAGGAAUCGUCUUCUCUCAGCUGCUCAGGCGGCAAAGAUGGCUGUCGUAUACAGUCAGUACACUUCCCUGUAUGUGUUGACGAAUGUGACAACUCAAGGUACCUGCCUGCUGUCGUACAGCUUCUCGCUCGAGUGUCCCGCCUCUCAGAGGAAGUUCUACCUCCAGCGGGCGCGAGAGGCGUUUGCAACUGGCCUUCUCACCAAAUCAGAAGGGGACCUGGUCACCAGCCAGCAGGAACUCCACACCUUCCUCAAGGCUGCUUAUUCCAUCACCGUGGCUCACAAGUGGCUCGGCGACCCUCGGCAGGUCGUGAAGAAAGCGGGUCAAGACUGUCAAGAAGCUUUAGCCAACUUCUACGAUUACUGCCGCGCCGGAGCUCAAGACAAAGACGGCCUGUGUGCGGAAAUCAUGCGUCUGGUUGCCCGAGUCAAGCUCCUCUGGGGUGUGGACCCCUUCCCUAAUUCAGAGAAGGGGUCUUUUAUCCCUGACAGCUAUCGAAGCGUCAAAGAUCCCUCUGUACGUUUCACCCUCCAGGGUUUCUCAAAGAUAAUGCAGAGAUUUCAGAAGUACCACGCGUCCCUGUGUGAAACCACCACCAAACAUUGUAAGGGCCAUAAAGAGGACACAGAUGGGGGGAAGCUGUGUUUAACAGCUCUGGGUACAACCUUUGGGACCCUCAACACAGAAUGCGGCGAUGAAGGAGGUGAGCCACUAAAGCAUCUGCGUCAAACGUCUGACAUGUGUACAACUAUGGGAAGCACCGAUAACCUCGGCUCUUCCUGGCAGGAGCUGCCAAUCAGUUCAGGCUCUCCUCCGCCGAGAGGCAGCGGCUACGCAGGAAGCUGUGCAGUUGGACAUCAAGCAGAUGUGACCAGUCAAAGCUGCAUUAGCACUGAGGGGGAUGACAACAGGUCAGACAGCAUGUCACAAUCUGCUGAUGAAAACAAGAACCAAAACCCACGGGAUCAUAACUCUGGUUUCGGUUCCCAUGCAGCUCCGACAUCUCCAACAUCCAACAGGCCUUCUCUCAAAGCAGGUAGUGGUUCAGACGCUCCACAAGCUGGGAUAGAGACAUUAGACACUGAGGGGAGCUGGGUGGAUGGUGCUUCAGCGAGGAAACAAUCUGAAGCUGAAGCAGGAGUGGACUCUCUGUCUCAGCUCGCCCUCAGAUCGUCCUCCAGCUCCCUCGGUGACAGUUUCGGUUCCCAGUCGUCAUGGGAGAAAAUAUCCGCUGACCCCAGCUCCCCCGUUCACACAAAACCACGUCCAAAUAAUCUAGCGAAAGCAGAACCCUGCCAAAGCAUGGGGUCUCCAGGUUCAGAUGGGAGCUUCUACUCUGAAAGCAGCGGUUCAGCUGUUGACGUCGCCUACGAAAACCGCGCAUCUAGAUGGAAAGCGAGACCGUCUCACCGGCCACUUCCUCUGGAGAGUCUUGUUCACACCGAUGUGGAGACUGAAGUUGACCCAGCACCCGUAAAACUUGCAAACCCCAACCCCCCAGCAGCCCCACGCCACCUUUCACCGGCGGCCACAGAAACCUCCACAGGAAGUUCAUUUGAGGUGCUGGAGGUGAAGCAAAAUGGAACCCAACACAAUGAAAUGACCUGUACAGAAGAAGGAGGUGCACCACCGGGGGGGAACCCUUUGUGCUACAGCUGCAUAAACCACUGCAAACUGACUGCUGUUGCCCCCGGCAGGCAGUUUUUGUUGCGCGAGCAGGAUUACCAAGCUCUGCUGGCUGGAGUUUGCCAUGAAUGUCUGUUGAGGAGGUUGCAGAGCGAUGAGAUGCAAUUCAAACUCGACAAGCUCAGAACUGCCUGCAGUGCUCUCCACUUAAAGUUCUCCAAGGCCACGGGACUGUGGACAGCCAGGGAGACAUGCGUUUACAUCGGAGAUGAGAUGGGAAUGAAGGGCAAGCAGAGGAUGGCCAUAUGGGUUCAAUUUUUACACCAGGAGGAGAGGUUAAGCAGCUACGUCGGGAAAGAUUACUUAAAACCCAAGGAGAUCCAGUUUCACCUGAAGGAUGUGGAGCGACAGAUGACGGCCCAGUACUACGUGACAGAAUUCAACAAGAGCCUCUAUGAUAAAGAGGCCAUGGCUCAGAUCUUCUUCAUCCCGUCAGAGGCGCUCCUGAUUCUGAAUGGAGACGAGGUUGCGGGUUGUGUAACCGUGGAGCCCUACAUGCUCGGGGACUUCGUCAAACUGACCAACAACACCGGAAAGAAGGAGGACAAGUUCCAGGCUACGAAGUACGGCCUCGCCUUCGGGCAUUUCACCUACCUGCUCUCUGGAGGCCAAGAGGUUGUUGUAGACUUGCAAGGAUGGGUCACCGCCAACGGCAAAGGCCUGACCUAUCUCACUGACCCCCAGAUUCACUCCACCAGGGCCCCCAGAGGCCCCUCCAACUUCGCUGACCGGGGCCUCAGGUACUUUCUGGAGGAGCAACAUGGACCAGAGUGCAAUGAGGUUUGCGAGUUGCUGAAACUACCACCACUGGCCGCACGGCAGCAUAUCGGUCGUCAGAUAUCUUAAGGCAUCUUAAAUCAGUGCUCUAAAACUUCCAUUAAACAAAUCCCACAGACCAAAAUAUUUGUACACUUCCUUGACAUUUCUGUACCUGGCAACAUCAUUUAGAUUAAAUCACAAAUGUACUAUAUUUAUCACCACAAUCAUAGCUUUAAAGGUAUAGUCUGUAAUGUUGGAGAGCUAGCAAGAUUUGAAAGUGGCGCCUCCUCUAAGCCCCGCCCCCUCCUCCCCCUCCCGUCGGCACUCCGUCCAAAGCCACGCCCCCACAAACUUUGGGGAACGCGCAUUUGCAGGAGUUUUCCAGGACAUUUUGGACAAAACUACCCCAUGUCUCAUUCACCUGUAAGCGAGGCCGGUUUUAGGGGGGGCAGGGGUGGGCUGUGCCCACCCAAACGUGCGUCCUGCCCACCCAAUCAAAGUUAUGGGGAUCCUUUAUUUUUUUAUAAUUUAAUUUUUUUAUAAAUAUAAAAAAAUAUCACAGAAUAUCUGUACCGUUUCUGAUUGGGUGGGCACUGCGCAUCAUUUUUAGACACAACAAUGAACGCAUACCGCAAAAGUUGUGUCUCGGCGGAGGGACCCGACGUCCCAGCAAAAUGAGCACAACAGAGAAGUGUUCAGAACAGCACACAGAGCACACACUGAAGGCUGAUUUAUGGUUCCGCGUUACACCAAUGCAGAAUGGUGCGCGUCGCUGCGUACCCUACGCCAUAGGGUACGGUGUACCCUACAGCGUACCCUACAGCGUACCCUAUGGCGUAGCCGUGGCAACAGAGCCUGCACAGCACCGCAGCGCACUGCCACCCGCACCGGCGCUCUCCGCCCUGCCGGGAUGGAGACGCCUCCAUCCCCACGGACCCCCAUACUGGGGAGGUGGUAUUUAUGGCUGCGUUUUCUCGUUUUCUGCACCAUUCUUCAGCAAACGUGACUGAGUGUGUGAAGUUUUCCGGCAAGAUUUUCAACGUGACGAGUAAGCGCAUGGGACAGAGGGGGGCGUGGGCGGGACUUAAAAUGAAGGCAUCUGAUUGGUUCUUUCCCCCCUGCCAAUCCUCUGGUCCUCUGACCAAUCCGUGCCAUUCGGUGCGCAAAAAACAGAUUGGUCAGAGUUUUUACAGGAUUAAAGCUGUCAGAGAGGUCGGAUUUUAUUCUUUCCUUUUUCUGAACAUAUUAUUCACUGGUUUUCUCAGGAUGGAAGGACCAUUUCACCCAGUAUAACACAAAAUGUUUUUGAAUACGAUUACAGACUGUACCUUUAAAUCAAUGCCAUUUAAAGCUACAAAAUCCUACUUAUGUUAGACUACAUCCAAGGCUUUCUCCUCUUACGUAACAAAUAUUGUUAUCCAGACUCUCUGAAACAUUCUGUAAAGUUGUCAUGUUUGUGGCACGGGGAAGAUGAAUCACAGCAGCACAUGACUGAGUUAUGUCAAUAAACUUUGUCCUUAAAAAUGAAA